CAGGCAGAGCGCAGAGAAGGAGGAAGCGGCGGCGGCGGCGGCGGCGCUCGGAGCUGGCUAGGGCGACCCGCCGCCUUUCCUAAUCCUCUGUCAUCCUUGCCUUCCCAGCGUCUGUCUUCCCUGACAGCCCCGCGAGCAGCAGCGCCAGGCGGGCUCCUUCCAGGCCGGAGCAACUGAAUCAUGGAGCUUCGAGUGGGGAACAAGUAUCGGCUGGGUCGAAAAAUUGGUAGCGGAUCCUUUGGAGACAUUUAUUUGGGUGCCAAUAUUGCCACUGGGGAAGAAGUAGCCAUUAAGCUGGAAUGUGUGAAAACCAAGCACCCGCAGCUCCACAUUGAAAGCAAAUUUUACAAGAUGAUGCAAGGAGGGGUGGGUAUCCCUUCUAUUAAGUGGUGUGGAGCAGAGGGUGACUAUAAUGUGAUGGUGAUGGAACUUCUAGGGCCAAGCCUGGAGGAUCUAUUCAACUUCUGCUCCCGCAAGUUCAGCCUCAAAACUGUUCUGCUCCUGGCAGAUCAGAUGAUCAGUCGUAUUGAGUACAUCCAUUCCAAGAACUUUAUCCACCGAGAUGUGAAGCCAGACAACUUUCUUAUGGGACUUGGCAAGAAGGGCAACCUAGUGUACAUCAUUGACUUCGGCCUGGCCAAGAAGUACCGAGACGCCCGCACUCACCAACACAUCCCCUACCGGGAAAACAAAAACCUGACUGGCACAGCCCGCUAUGCCUCCAUAAACACUCACCUUGGGAUUGAACAAAGUCGCCGUGAUGACUUGGAGAGCUUGGGCUAUGUGCUUAUGUACUUCAAUCUUGGCUCGCUGCCUUGGCAAGGCCUGAAAGCUGCCACAAAGCGCCAGAAAUAUGAACGUAUCAGUGAAAAGAAGAUGUCAACGCCCAUCGAGGUGCUCUGUAAAGGCUAUCCUUCUGAGUUCUCUACAUACCUCAACUUCUGCCGUUCACUGCGGUUCGACGACAAACCAGACUACUCUUACCUGAGGCAGCUGUUCCGCAACCUCUUCCACCGCCAGGGUUUCUCCUAUGACUAUGUGUUUGACUGGAACAUGCUCAAGUUUGGAGCGGCCCGGAAUCCUGAGGACAUGGAUCGGGAGAGGCGAGAACACGAGCGAGAGGAGAGGAUGGGGCAGCUCAGGGGUUCUGCCACACGAGCAUUGCCUCCUGGGCCUCCUGCUGGAGCCACAGCUAACCGCCUCCGCAAUGUCGCUGAGCCCAUGGCCUCCACGCCCACCUCCCGCAUCCAGCAGUCUGGAAACACAUCCCCCAGAGCAAUUUCACGGGUGGACAGGGAGCGAAAGGUCAGCAUGAGGUUACACCGAGGGGCUCCUGCCAACAUCUCCUCAUCUGACCUCACAGGACGACAAGAGGUGUCACGGAUUUCAGCAUCACAGACAAGUGUGCCAUUUGAUCACCUGGGGAAGUGAAGAAAGGAUUCCACCGGACCAGUGUUUGCUUAGUGUCUUCACUGUAUUUUUUUUCUUUUUAAAAAACGAAAUAACAAAUUAAAAAAACACAAAAAAACAACCCCCCCAAUUUUUUUUCCGCCAGCGACAAGGAGAGGAGCUGCCCUGUACUGGCGUUCAUGUCUUUUCUGAGAUCGCCGACUGCGUUCCCGAGCCCAAUUGCCUUCAACAAGUCACCGACACAGGAGCCUUGCAGAAACGCCUCUACUGCUACCGUGCAACAUCGUCUCCAUAGGCCUUGCCCCAUCUCAUGCCAGCAGGCCGUGGCCAGUCACCCCAGCUUUCCACUUCCCUUUUUGAUCUAUUUGUAUUAUUCCAAAAUAAUAAUAAUAAUCCCUGCCUCCAUUUUUUUAAGGUUUAGUUUGUCUGAGAUGGAAUGGUUGCCACCUUAAUUUUAAAUUACUUUGAGAUAUGGAGGGCUGGGUAGAGAGGAUGUUUACAGGAGACUUUAAAAUUCCAGCCCUGAGUGGUGUCAGUAGGUGACUUAACAUUCAUUUUCAAAAUCGGCUGCAGUUGCAUGCUGGCACUGCCUCUGGAAAAGAGCAGGCAGACGAAGGCUGCUUUUUGUAUGCAGGCGUUCUUUCUCUAGGGGACACCGCUGCCCCUCCGUGUGCAUUCAUGGGCAAGUUGGGAGAUGCUGCAGGCAUACCAAUAAGGUGAACAAUACUGGCACAGCAGCAAGCGUGUGUGUGUGUGUGCGUGCGUGCACGUGUGUGCGUGCACGGAAAGGGUGUGCAUAUGGGUAGGGAUGUGUGCUGUGCAAGGCAGGAGCAAAUGUGAAGGAUGUGGAAAUGUAACCUGCCUUUCAUGCAGGUACUGGGGAUCUCUCUUUCUCAAAAAAACAAAAACAAAAAAACUGUUUGCGUGUGUUUAGUUUUUAAUUCUUUUUUUACUUCUCCAGGAGAUCAGGAGGGUGUUGAGGAAAAUGGAGGGAUAUGUGAAUGGCAGUGCAGGGAGAGUGGCUGAUAUGGUUGCAGAGGUUGUUUCUUGCACCACCUGUUUCUAAAAACGCAACUCUGCUCAGAUGCACAACCUUCCCUGGCUAAAAGGUUUCCCCCUCUUCCUUCUCCCCUCCUCCUCCUUUUUAAAUUUUAGGUUUUACCCGAGAAAACCAAUCAGUCCUGGGUUUUGCAUUGCAGCAGUCCUCACCAGUACUCUCCAGCCUCUGGCUUGGCACACUUUUGGGGGCAGGGGGGUGAGGAUGUUGGAGAGUGUUGAAGCUGGGGGGUGGGAGGCUUGGUUUUUUGGUUCUUUUUGUUCUUUCUAUUUAACACACAGUUCUUUUUGUUUCUCCCCUAAUUUAUUUGCCCUGCUUACUGUGUCUUUCUCACUCUCCUUUUUUUUAAUUAAAGUAAAAAAACUUUUUAUUACUUUGUAAUUUUAAAAAAACAAACAAAAAAAACCUUGGACUUCGGGGCGGGGGGGAUUUUGUACUUUUUCCUGUGUAAAUAUUGGACUUUUUUGAGCUUUAUCGUGGUUGUUAAUUUGAAGUAAUAAAGUAGAAAAUGAUAAAGUGA